AUGCAUCCCGAACAUACAGCCCACGAUACGCACUUAGUGCACAGUCAUGCUAAAGAACUAGAUAUCCCAGGAACUGUGAACUUGAAACCCGCAGCACGUAUUGUCCACGGUUUCGGUUCCGGCGUCUGCGAAGCUUUGCCAGUUCAGCUGGUCAACGACAUUUUCUUCCUGCAUGAACGCGGCAAACGACUCGGGAUAUACACCGUCUGUUUAUGCUUUGGCGCAACUGGUCCUCUAUAUGCUGGAUAUAUGCUUAAUGGGGGAUACUCUUGGCGCUUGUUCUUCUAUGUCGAGUUCGCCUUUGCCGUUGCACUUCUCAUCUUCGCGUUUUUCGUUGUUGAAGAGACAACAUAUCAUCGCAAGGUACUGCAAGAGAUUUCUGAUAGCCCUGUAGACGAAGACAAGCCGAAUGUCCACGCUGCUGAGACUGCCGCAUCCAGCACAGACAUUCCAACGCGCAAAACGUUCCUAGAGCAACUCAAAUUCUGGGGCAUCUGGGAAAAGGACUCGGACUUCUUCCUAAUGAUGGCGCGCUCCUUUACCUAUUUCCUCGUUCCACACGUUCUCUGGGUUGUCACCACAUACGGCAUUUAUAUUGGUCUUGGUGCUCUGGCUUUCAACUUCACGUUCCCCCUGAAGAUUACCGCACCACCGUACAACUGGUCGGAACUCAAUUCCGGCCUGAUCACCCUCGCCACGCUAAUAGGUUAUGGUCUGGCGCUUCCAUUCAUGACGUCUUCCGAUCGUCUUGCCGCCCGCCUUACAAAGCGCAAUAACGGCAUCCGCGAAGCUGAGAUGCGCCUUGGCGUCAUGCUACCUGCCAUGCUGAUCGCACCUGCUGGCUUGGUUGUCUUCGGAUUCGCAGCUGAGCGCAAUUUACAUUGGAUCAGUUAUUUUGCAGCGGUGGCAAUGACUCAAUUUGCCAGCUAUUUUUACUUCACGUUCACACUUGCCUACGCAAUUGACAGCUAUCAGUCCAAUAUCAGCGAAAUGCUGAUCGCUAUGAAUCUAGGCAAACAGGCGAUUAGCUUUGGAAUGGGCAUCAACUUGCUUGAAUGGAUUGUGGAGCACGGAUAUGCUGUCAUGAUUGCUGGUGUGUUUGGAAGCAUGGUAUUGGCCAACAACCUGUUCUUGCCCGUUUUCAUGAUCUUCGGAAAGAGAAUUAGGGCUUUCAUGUCGAGGACAUGGCUGGCUAGGGUUCAUAAGAGUAGCAUUCGUGAGAUUGCCACUCACUAA